AUGUCUACGCGAAGAACAUAUACAUACCUCCCCGAUCGAGAUACUGAACAUGGUUCUACCGAGCCGCUACUGGAACGUGAUGUGACAGGCCUACGCGGUGGCUCGCUUUCUGUCCGCGCGGACGGUUCGUAUAGUUACGCGUACGGCCCUCCUGGCCUUACUGGGCUAGCACACAACCGCCUCGCUCUCGCUUGCGCUAUAUUUGCCUCUCUUGGAGGCCUUACGUUUGGAUACGACCAAGGAGUGAUCGCGAACGUGCUUGUCAUGCCCGACUUCGUACUGCGUUGGCCUAUCAGUGCCUGGCAGCGGGGUAUCAUGACCGCGGUACUAGAGCUCGGAUGCCUCUUCGGUGCGCUGGGUGCGGGAGUGCUAGCGGAUAGACUCUCGCGCAGGGCCGGCAUCAUGUUCGCUUGUGUCGUUUUCUGCAUCGGCUCUACUCUACAAUGCGGCGCGACAUCACUUUUCCAUCUUACUAUCGGACGAGCAAUCGGAGGACUAGGUGUGGGCGCCUUGAGUAUGCUGUCGCCCUUGUAUAUGGCCGAGAUAGCGUCACCCGAAGUUCGCGGAUCACUCUUGGCUCUUGAGCAGUUCUCAAUCGUACUCGGUUGUGUGCUCGGCUUUUGGACCGGUUUCUUCACUCGCACAAUCGAGGGAAGCAUGUCCUGGCGCGUUCCGCUCGGCAUUCAGCUCAUCCCAGGUGUUCUCCUCGGUCUCGGAACAUACUUCCUACCUCCAUCUCCAAGACUACUCGUCCUCAAAGGCUCUUUGGACGCUGCACGCGCGUCUCUUGUCCGGCUCAGAGGACGUCCUGUAGAAGAUCCGUUGCUCGAGAUUGAGCUGCUGGAGAUGCAGGUCGAAGCGCUUCUGAUACAACGCGCCCAUGUUCCCGCCGAGACGAAGCACACCCACGCUCUUGCAAUUGAAGCGCGUGCAUGGGCGCGUCUUUUCAACCCGCAAUAUCGCGCACGUACACUAGUCGGCGUUUUGAUCAUGGUGUUUCAGCAAUGGAGCGGCAUCAACGCGUUGCUCUACUACGGCCCGACGCUCAUGCGCGCUCUCGGUCUUGGCGGCGGCGCGAUUGACUUGAUGGUCGCCGGCGGUGUGAACGUCGUGCAAUUCAUCGCGGUACUCCCGGCUAUCUUAUACAUCGACCGCUGGGGUCGUCGCCCGAUGCUUCGUGCUGGAGCAGCGGCUAUGACCAUCGCGCAUCUUGCCGUCGCGAUGCUUGUGCACUUCUUCGAAGGAAGGUGGUCCGAAGGAUCUGGUGCUGGAUGGAUAGCGGUGGCAUGUGUGUACGCUUUCACCGCUGCAUACGGAGUGAGCUUUGGACCCGUGGCUUGGGUGCUUCCCAGCGAGGUUUUCCCUCUGAGCAUGCGCGGCAAAGGCGUGGCGCUGAGUACAGCAUCGAACUGGGUGAACAACUUCUUGAUCGGCCUCAUCACGCCGCCAUUAUUGGACUAUUCACCAUCGCUAACCUUCGGUACAUUUGCGGGUGCUUGCUUCCUUGCAUACCUCUGGGCGACGCAUUUUGUUCCCGAAACGGCCGGAAUGCCGCUCGAAGCCAUUGAUGCGGCUUUCGACAGCGACGCAGGAAAGGGCGAUGCAUUGCUGAAGAAACAGAUUGAGCGAGACAUUGGGCUCGAGGAUCUGGUGAGACGAUUAGGUGGAGUUGUGGAGGAGGGCGAGAACGAUGAAUGA